AUGCCGAUUGUAAGUUCCCUUAUAUCGAGGAUGGAUUUCUUCCCGCUGACAACAAACAAAGUCCCGGUAAUCGUCCCCUGCGGGUGCACAAGAGCCUCAGUGGCACCAACGACAACGUCCAUCUGCCCCACAGCCUCCGACUGCCAGCAAUGUACCACCAGCUGGGGGAUCUAUGUCACCACGCAGUCGAAUUGUGCCUUGAAUGCUAGGGUGACUGGCAGAGCUGAGGCAAAUGACGCGCACCGCUGGAAAGAAGAGGGGAUGGCCAGAUAUGCAAGGCCUUUGCGGGCUUGA